AGGUCACGUGAUCUUCAAACUGACGCUGUUUUUGGCGGACAAGCGAUAUUGUUGGAUUUCAACCGGAAUAGACUAUCGAAGAUGGCCGGAGGUAAAGCUGGAAAAGAUUCAGGAAAAGCGAAAGCUAAGGCCGUUUCUCGAUCGGCUAGAGCUGGACUACAGUUUCCUGUCGGUCGUAUACAUAGACAUUUGAAAAAUAGGACGACAAGUCACGGACGGGUUGGUGCAACAGCGGCGGUGUACAGUGCAGCAAUUUUGGAGUAUCUGACUGCAGAAGUUCUUGAAUUGGCAGGGAAUGCAAGUAAGGAUCUUAAAGUAAAACGUAUCACACCUCGUCAUCUUCAGCUAGCCAUCAGAGGAGAUGAAGAAUUGGAUUCAUUAAUUAAGGCAACGAUUGCGGGUGGUGGUGUAAUCCCACAUAUUCACAAGUCUCUGAUCGGAAAGAAAGGUUCUCAGAAGACCACAUAGACUGUAUAUAUACAUCAUUGGUAGUUAGUGUAGACAUUAAAGACUCACUUGUUCCAUCAUCAUCGCUGUCAUCGUGUUACUCAGAUCAUCUGUCAUCGACGUCUGUCCGUUCAUGUAGACCAAAUUUUAUUUACAGGUUUUUAAAAAAUAUCUUUGUAUGUCUCAUUAAAAUACAUAAAUUAAUACCAAAACAGUUGGUCGUGUCUUGAAUCAGUGUUAAACUGUUUAUUAAAAAUUUGUUAUGGUGAUAAGGUUUUUGGGACUGAUAAACUGGUAACCAUUUAGUAUAAAUAAAUAGGUUUGUCCUUGAUUGUAAAUACAUUUUGUACGGUUUAACCUGAAAAUUACUCCUCAUACAUUGAUUUCAAUUUACCAUCAGUUGAAUUUUAAAUCCCACUGCCAGUUUCUAGAAAGUGUUAAUAGUUUUAGACAUUUGUUAAAUGUUGAACAGUAUCAAUCUUGUUGAAUUUAAACUUGAGCAAAAGUAAUACAUUCUGUAGCUAUGAACAAAUAAAAAUCAUUUUAUGUAGACCAAUCAAAAACCUUGCAUCCUGUGACCAUUUGGGAUUGCACUAUAUUAGUCGAUAGGUUAUUGGAAAAAAAUGACAUUACAUUUCCAAGUUUCAUGUGCCAUUUUUUAGAAAAAGAAAUGUGUGAAAAGGAUAACCAUUUCAAGUUGAGCUACAGUUUAUUAAAGUAUAUUGUGGCAGCACUGCUAAAUUUUGAAAAAUAUUUGUAUUGUGGGAAGUCUUUAUUUUGGCUUUAAAGUAGUAUGGUUUGUACAGUUGUGUCACCUCUAUUAUAUAUGAAAUGCAAAGUACAAUUGAACUAAAGAAAGUAAAUAAAAGUAUAAAUAUUC